AGAAGCAUCCUUUGGAAAGAGCAGUAGCCGCCGCGGCAGCAGCAGCAGUAGUAGUAGCAGCAGCAGCAGCCUUUGCCUGUCAGUAUCGAGGUGGGGGGCUUUUCUACUUUCUUCUCCUUGCACAUCGGAGCCCGAGAGAAGGGCUUGCGUGCGGACUCCAUGGGACUUGCGGCAGGAGAACUGCUGCCAAACUAAGCAAAUCCACACAAUCGAAGGAGACCUGAGGGAUAGAAAAACAAAAAGACAAAACUGCCCUCUGAGUAGAAAGCAAGCAGAGUCGAGUGAAGGCAGUAUGUGUCUAACAACUAAACAGUUAGUUUAAAUAAUGAAGAAGCGGUGUAGAAUGAUAUGAGGGGGCAAGGGCUGGAAACUGCGCUGCGCAACCAGGCGACCUGUGCACACAGUACAGAGGAUUUCGAACAAGUUUCUCGACGCCGAUGGCAUAGCCCUUUAUAAUUUCAUAUUUUUAUGUAUCUGAUUUUUAUUUCUUAUUUCGUUUUAAAUUAACAGCAUGUCAUAAGGAGGCGUAAUAAGCAACAGGAAAAAAAGUGUGGAAAGUUGAGAGACACUUGCAUGUUGACUAUACCGUUUUGAAGCUUGGGCGAUAAAAGGACUUUACAGAGUGAUAAUGUACUUGCGUUUCUUCCGCAAGAAACAUUAAAAAACGACAAGGUCAAAAAGUUGGCUUGACCACCUCAUUUGCGGCUGUGCACCAACAAGUGUAUCGGAAGAACCGGUUCUGGGGUUUCUUUAAAAGGAUCUGCACUGACAUUUCCAUGCACGGAGGGAAGACCGUUUCCUUUGAAUGCCAAUGGAUGACAAAACGUUGCCCCUCAACAACUGAUGUCUUUCUUUGUCUGUAAAGAGAUCCUCUGAAAAUGAUAACCACACUUCAAACAUUAAGUUUAAUUUUAUUUCUAAAAGGGAUUUUAUUAUCCUUAUGCGACUUGAACUUUGUCAGAAAGGAAAUCAAAAUAGACGGGGACCUUGUUUUAGGUGGCCUGUUUCCUAUACAUGAGAAAGGAGCAGGAAUGGAUGAAUGUGGAAGAAUAAAUGAAGAUCGAGGGAUACAACGCCUGGAAGCAAUGCUUUUUGCAAUUGAAGAAAUCAACAAAGACACUUAUUUACUCCCUGGAGUUGCUCUUGGUGUUCACAUAUUGGAUACAUGCUCUCGGGAUACUUAUGCUUUAGAGCAGUCGCUGGAAUUUGUCAGGGCAUCUCUAACUAAGGUUGAUGAAACUGAGUACAUCUGCCCUGAUGGAUCCUAUGCCAUCCAAGGCAACAAUCCUUUAGUUAUUGCUGGAGUAAUUGGAGGAUCAUAUAGUAGUGUUUCUAUUCAGGUUGCAAAUUUACUAAGGUUAUUUCAGAUUCCUCAAAUAAGUUAUGCUUCCACUAGUGCAAAGCUCAGCGAUAAAUCCAGAUAUGACUACUUUGCAAGAACAGUGCCACCUGAUUUUUAUCAGGCGAAAGCAAUGGCCGAGAUUUUAAGAUUCUUUAACUGGACAUAUGUCUCCACAGUGGCCUCUGAAGGAGAUUAUGGUGAAACCGGAAUUGAAGCUUUUGAGCAAGAGGCCAGACUCCGAAACAUCUGUAUUGCAACAUCUGAAAAAGUUGGAAGUUCAAAUGUUAAAAAGUCCUCAGAUGCAGUCAUCAGGGAACUGCUUCAAAAACCAAAUGCAAAGGUGGUGGUACUCUUCAUGCGCAGUGAUGACACAAGGGAAUUACUGGCAGCUGCCAACCGACUCAACGCCUCCUUUACCUGGAUAGCUAGUGAUGGAUGGGGAGCUCAGGAAAGUGUUGUAAAAGGGAAUGAAAAUGUGGCAAAUGGAGCAAUAACGCUGGAACUUGCAGCACAUCCUGUUAAAGAGUUUGAUAGAUAUUUCCAGAGUCUGCACCCCAGUAGUAACAGACGUAACCCAUGGUUCAAGGAUUUCUGGGAGCAGAAAUUCCAGUGCGUCUUGCAAAAUGGACAUUCUCAGGUGAAAGUUUGUGACAAACAUCUGUCAAUUGACAGCUCCAAUUAUGAACAAGAGUCUAAAAUUAUGUUUGUCAUCAAUGCUGUGUAUGCGAUGGCUCACGCCUUACACAAGAUGCAGAGAACUUUGUGCUCUAACACUACAAAGUUGUGCGAUGCUGUUAAACCACUUGAUGGGAAAAGAUUAUACAAGGAUUUUUUACUGAAAGUAAAUUUUAGUGCUCCCUACUGGCCUCCUGAUGCAGACAAUAUCAUAAAAUUUGAUAGUUUUGGAGACGGAAUUGGCCGGUACAAUGUGUUUAACUUCCAGAAAACAUCUGGCAAAUACUCUUAUGUUAAGGUUGGCCAGUGGGCUGAAACCUUGUCCCUCAACACAGAGCUGAUCCACUGGCCUCUCUACUCAGUCCCCACCUCGCAGUGCAGCGAUCCCUGUGCAAGAAAUGAAAUGAAAAACAUGCAGGCGGGAGACUACUGCUGCUGGAUUUGUAUCCCCUGCGAACCUUACGAAUACCUGGCCGACGAAUUUACCUGUAUGGGCUGCAAUCCAGGACAGUGGCCCACUGAAGACCUGACAGGUUGCUAUGACUUGCCUGAAGAUUACAUUAUGUGGGAAGAUGCCUGGGCUAUCGGUCCAAUCACCAUUGCUUGUGUUGGCUUCAUUUGCACCUUUAUGGUUACAGCAGUUUUCAUUAAACAUAACAACACACCGCUGGUUAAAGCUUCUGGCCGUGAACUUUGUUACAUUUUAUUGUUUGGUGUAUUUAUGUCCUACUGCAUGACUUUUUUCUUCAUAGCAAAGCCUUCUCCAGCUAUUUGUACCUUGCGUCGCCUUGGCCUUGGGACAUCUUUUGCUGUCUGCUAUUCUGCUCUCCUCACCAAAACUAACCGUAUUGCUAGAAUUUUCAAUGGUGUCAAGGAAGGGACCCAGAGGCCCAAAUUUAUUAGCCCAAGCUCGCAGGUGUUUAUCUGCAUGAGUCUGAUAUCUGUGCAGAUAGUUAUUGUGUCAAUAUGGCUUAUACUGGAAGUACCUGGCACGAGACGGUUCACUCUGCCUGAAAAGAGAGAAACCGUGAUACUGAAAUGUAACGUCAGAGACUCUAGCAUGUUAAUCUCUUUGUCAUAUGAUGUUGUGCUAGUAAUUCUGUGUACUGUGUAUGCUUUUAAAACUAGGAAGUGUCCAGAAAACUUUAACGAGGCAAAAUUCAUUGGCUUUACAAUGUACACCACCUGCAUCAUUUGGCUGGCCUUCCUGCCAAUAUUUUAUGUGACGUCUAGUGAUUAUAGGGUCCAAAUUACUACCAUGUGUAUUUCUGUCAGCCUCAGUGGGUUUGUAGUGCUGGGCUGUAUGUUUGCCCCAAAGGUGCACAUCAUCAUGUUUCAGCCUCAGAAGAAUGUAGCAAGUCACAGACUGCAUAUGAACCGAUUCAGCGUCAGUGGGACAGGGACCACAUAUUCACAUUCAUCAGUGAGUGCUCACUACGUUCCAACUGUAUGUAAUGGAAGAGAAAUAAUUGACUCAACCACCUCGUCUCUGUGACCUACAUUGAAUAGCCUGAUCCUAGUUUCAAGCUGUUAGACUGUUAGAAAAAUUGCACAUAUUGUGCAUUUGCAGUGAAUUUGAUUCUGUAUGUAGAAAAUUGUGUAUUAAAUUAUUUCUAAGGGCUGUAAAUAUAAAAACUGACAGUGUUGUAGAAAACUUUCUAGAAUGUUUUUAGCAUUUCAUGUUUUUGAUAGUUUUAUUAAAACUCUGUAAAUAACCAUGACCUGCACUGAUGAAUAUUGUGAAUUUUACUUAGCAGUAAAGGAAUGACCUAUUGCAUUUGCAAUAUUAGACAAAUUUCUUUGACAUGAACUACUUUUGUAGGUCUCAUUGUUGCAUAAUUAUUAAAAAAUGUAAAUAAAAUGUGUUACAACUUAUAUAAACUGACAGAUUUAAGCAAGAUUUUAUAAAUAAAACCUGUAUAAAGACCACAAUAGUUCUCCUGAACAUUAUUAAGCAAA